GCGAACGUCAGUUUUAUUAUGACAAGCAAGUUUAUCCAGUGUUCUGUUGUGUUUAUUCAGUAAAUAAUCUUCGAUUUAGCUGCGUCUGGGUUGUUAUCUUGUGAAAUUUACAAGUAUCAUUAUCUAGUCGUCUCAUUACCUACUCUGCAUUCAUAAUGAUACCAUUUAGAUUGCUAACAGCCGUUUUAAGACAGAGAAAGUAGUUUAAUUAUAUUCUAAAACUUGUUAUAGUGAACAAAAAAAUUAUGCCAUAAGCGUUCAUUGACCUUUCGCAGUGAAAAAAUAAUACCGCGAUAUUUUUUUUAAGUAGGCUGUAUGUUUAAGUGAGUCGUUGGUGUUUAAAAAAAAAUGAAGCUGAAAAUAGACAGAGGACUUUUGCCUGUGAAGGCGCACUUUUUUUUCUUUUUCGCGGCCCUAGGACCGAUACUCCCCCAGAUCAAUGUGUUCGGGAGACAGCUGGGGGUGUCCCCCGGCGUCAUGGGGAUGGUGACGGCUGUGCUACCCCUGCUGUGGGCGGCUGCUAAGCCUCUGUUCGGCUAUGUUGUGGAUUUUUGGCCGGCCCACAGAAAAUUAGUAUUCAUGCUGCUUAUAACCAUAAUGACCAGCUCAUACUGUUGUUUAUGGUUUCUCCCAAUGCCUGAGCCCAAAGACACGAAACUACUCGAGUCAGUCUAUAAACUAAACGAUACAAUUUAUCUAAAAACUUACACAAACAAUACAGUACUAGAAAAAUAUAACUGUCACUGGAAUUGCAGCGUGGCGGGAAACUUUGACGUUUACCUGUCAAACGUGACAUUUGUCAACACAGUGUACAUAGACAACGCUGUGUCAAAUAGAUCGUGCUCAACCUUGUCUAUGGAUUUUGAUCAUAUCCAAGAUGGAGAUGUGACUUGUAUACCUAAAGAGGAUUGUAACUUAUUGUGUUAUGAAAAUGAGUAUUUAAUACAGGGUAAUAUUUCUAAGAGAAGCGUAGAGAAAUUAAACAAUGAUAGUAUUUUAGCCGAUGUUGGCAAGAAUGACAAUCUGACAGGUACAGUCGAGAAGAAAAGUGAGAGCUUCUAUAUGACAGCUACGUUUUGGGCGUUCGUGUUGCUGACUUGUGUUGGUACAGUCGCGUUCAAUGUGGCUAACUGUAUUGGAGAUGCUGUGUGUUUUGAUGUACUUGGUGACCGCGGCUCAAAAUACGGCGCCCAACGAGCCUGGGGCACCGCAGGGUACGGGCUGACGGCGCUGCUAGGCGGCUGGCUGGUGGACAGUGUCUCCGGGGAGUGCAAGGACUUCACGCCCGCCUUCGCAGUGGCCGCGGCCGCCACCGCCGCAGACCUCUACAGCUGCACCGCGCUGCGACUGCCAUCGCUGUCGAGUCCGGAAGACUCGGGCAGGGCGUUGCGCGAUGUGCUCAGAAUACCUAAAGUGAUCGUGUUCAUCUGCUUCGCGGUGGUCGCCGGCACCUUCGAUAGCUUCAUCAUUUAUUAUAUGUUUUGGUUUUUAGAAGAACUAGCAGAGAAAACAGGACACACCGCUAAUAUUAAAAUAAUAGAAGGUGUAGUCGUAGCCGCCGAGAGUUUCAUCGGAGAAUUGCUGUUUUUCUUCUUCUCUGGUAAAAUAAUAAAACGUUUCGGUUACGGCACGACGCUGACUGUGUCGCUAUUCUGUUACGGCGUAAGAAUGGUUUGCAUAUCGUUUAUACAGAACCCGUGGCAUCUUGUGUUUAUUGAGGGUAUAAUGCAAGGUCCUACAUACGCGCUAUGCUACGCUACUAUAGUAGGCUACGCGGCACAUGUGGCGCCGGAGGGAUACUCCGCCACCGUGCAGGGGAUCGUGGCAGGGAUGGAUGACGGACUAGGCUUCGCAAUAGGUUCUCUAGUGGGAGGACAGUUAUACAGCUGGGCGGGCGGCCGCGGCGCCUUCCGUGUGUUGGGCGGGGUGGCCGUAUUAGCGUCGGCUAUACACGCUGGCCUGUUUGUGUUGGUUAGCAGGGAGAAAGCAGCCGACAAACAACCAUCAGAAGGCAUCCCAGAAGAGGGCGAGAAGAUGCUACAGGAGCACAGUAACGCCAUCUAUCAUCACACGACGGUACCACUCAACGGGGAUGACAAAGUCGACAGGUAACAGAUUGCGAUAAGAGAUGGCGCCACUUGUCUAUAGAAAAUAUUGAUUUUUUAAUAUAUAAUUAUAUAUGAAGGGUACCUACUAUCGAAAAUAGAUAUGUUAUUGAUUUAUUUUUUGUACCAAUGUAUAUUUAUGUAUGUAUGAAGGGUACUUUUUUAAGAGUUUUUUUUUGUUAUGAGGACUUGAUUUAAUUUAUCAUGUUAGAGACAAAAGUUAGUAAAUUAUUUUUUUGGUAGAUUUGAUUGUUUUAGGUCAGUUGUGAGAUACAAAAUGUGGCAAUGUCAGAAAUGGAAAGGAAGAAACUCAUUUUACUUUCUGUAAAAAAAGUAUGCAAGUAAAUUGAAAAUCGUACAUUAUGUAUGUAUAAUGUAGUUAGUAAAUAAAUCUACCUAUAAAUAGUUUAUUAAUUUCGGGCCUAAAAGCCUAGGCUCCUUUAAAGCGAAGAAGUGUUGAAACAUGAAAUAGAAUUUCUUUUGAGUAAGAAUAACAUCUUUUCUGCAACGCUUUGGACAUAUAAUAUACAAUUUAUAAUUCAUUAUACCUAUUUACUAUUUGUAUUUAGGUAAAUCUUAGGGCCCAAUUUCACUGACAACAUAAACGUCCGUUUUUUUUUAUUAAAUUUAUAGUAAAAAAUUGUUAAAAAAAAACUGAUUUUUAUAUUGUUGGUGAACUUGGAUUUGAAUAGAUUUGAAACAUUAUUUUGGGCAUAGUAAUAUUUUUUCUCUCAACGUAGUCUAUAUAUGUAUAUAAGUACCUAUAUCAAAGAAUGUGCCAUUUUGAGAAACAAAAAAAGCCAAAAUGAAGUUUAAAAAAUUAAAUCAAUAUAAGACGAAAUGGUUGUUUACAUUCUAUUUUAAUUUAAGUAUAUUUGUUGUUAUAAUUUUCAAAUAUUUUAUUACCCUUUUUUGACUGAGUUGAACAUUUUGUAAAAUAAUCUUGUUUUUCGAAUUAUCAAAUAGAAAUGAAAUGACUGAAUGAUUUGCCAAUGUUUUUUAAAUAAAAAAUAAUUAUAUUAAUAUUAUACAAUAUUGUAUUCCAAAUAUCAAUUUUACCUAUACUUAUAUAAUAAAGAGGAAAAAAAAUAUGUUUGUCUGUACCCUGAAGGCUCGGAAACAACUGAAUCGAUUUGAAAAAUUCUUUCACUGUUGGAAAGCUACACUCUUCUCAAGUAACAUAAGCUAUACUUUAUCCCAGUACGGGCAGUAGUUUCCACGGGACGCGGGUGACACCGCGGGAAAACGGCUAGCAUUAUAUAAAUACAGGGUUUUUAUUUCAAGUUGUUUUUUGUAGAGGCUCAAAGUCAAAGUCAAAAUGUUUUAAUCUGCAUUUUGUAAUUCAGAUAUAUUAUUUAUUAAUAAUAGUAGGUACAUAAUAUGAAAAUAAUAACAAGAUUUAAAUAUGUAUAUUAUUAUAUGCAAAUGAUUUACAUAUCUAUUAUGUUUAACUGAAAUUAAAAUACUAAGCCAAUUUUGAUAAAAGAAGUCAGCUGGAACACCGGCUUCCAUCUAAAAAAAACUGCAUCAAAAUUAGUUUAUAGUUACCGGCACGGAUAUUGAGCUCUCGGCGGAAGAGUGGGGAUCGCUUUGCGCACUGUACACUUAAGGCAAUAAACCAAUAAACCACUUCUGCGCAGGUGAAGGUCAGGGCUCAAUAUCCGCGCCGAUAACUAUAUCAAUUUGAGACCUAGGUACGUUGCCAUAGGUAGACAUAGCGGUCAAACUUAUAACACCCAUGUUUUUGCCGUUAUGUUAAUAUUUUCUAUGUCAAAACUAGUCAAUCAAUAAGAAUCACAAAAAGCAGAAUAAAAUAUUUUAAAUAAAGUCAAGAUCGAACAAUUUUAUUGUAUCGAGUAUUUAUUUAAUAAUUAUCUCUCGAAAGCCGGUGAGCCAGUUAGACUGGUGUCAGUAAGUCUGACACCAGUCUAACCAAGGAGUAUCGGGUUGCCCGGGUAACUGGGUUGAGGAGGUCAGAUAGGCAAUCGCUUCUUGUAAAGCACUGGUAUUCAGCUGAAUCCGGUUAGACUGGAAGCCGACCCCAACAUGAUUGGGAAAAAGGCUCGGAGGAUGAUGAAGCCUGUGAGCCAACAUAUAACUUUAUAAUAGGUAAUAUUGUAAGA